AUGUCUAACGAUGAAUUAAUCAUGAUGACAACUUUAUCAUAUUUGAUUGUCAGUCUUAUAAUACAUGUUAUAUUUUUUAUAACAACAAUUUUUAACCAUCAAUGGAAAAUUGUAAAUAUAUCACGAGAAUUAUUUCAUCGAUAUUUUAAACAAACACCUAAGAAAAAAAUUAAUUCAGCUAGCUCAAGUAGUAGUUUAGAAUCACUAAGUGCAUCAUCAACCGGUGUUCAAUCGUUACCAAGUUCCAAUUUAUUCAGUAAUCAAACACGCUCAACGUCUUUAUCAUCUUAUACAAGACAACCAUCAUCCGAAACUUCAAGUCGUUUAUCAAUUACAAAUAGUCUUUCAACAUCAAAAUUGGAACCAGCAAUUAGUUCGUCUUUAUCUGUAAAAGGAGCACGAACACCACAAACAACAAGUGUUUUAUCAAAAAUACAAACUCGUGGUGUAACUUUAUAUCAAUGUGUAGCUGAUAAUGAUUCCGAAUUAUCGUUUAAUGCAAAUGAAAUUGUUACACAAAUUCGACCAUCGAAAGAACCUGGAUGGGUAAUGGGUACAAUUAAUGGUAAAACUGGUUUAAUACCAGAAAAUUAUAUAAAUUUUACUGGUGGUGUAUGA